CCUGGAUACCUAAUAGGAGAAUAGCCAAUUGACCCCAAGACUGCAGAUGCUGAGAAAGCUCACUUAAAGCUCUAUAAUGAGCUAAUUCAAUUUUCUUCAAUCCAAAUCUCUGCUACAAAAUACCAAUGGAAGCAUCACCCAUUCUAGUCUGCUCAAAACUCCCCUCCUCCUUUUCUCGUAUUCCCAAACACAACACUUUUUCUCACAGACCUUUCCACAAACACCUUGCGCUCAAAAACUUCUCUACAAGCCACAACAUACAACCCAUAAAAAAUCUUGAAAAAAUACCCAAAUCCCACUUACCUAGUAAUGUCAAUUCUUCUAGGUUUCAGUCUUUACUGCCAAUCCAAUGUUCAUUUUCAAAUACAAUUGAAACAAACUCUCAAAACCCAUUAUUCAAAAGCCUAAAUGGGUUAAAUGUGUUAAAUGGGGUUUCUUUGGAGUCAAUGAAAACCGUUUUUUCGCAAUUAACCCCGUUUAAAGUGAUCAAAUGGGGUUUAAUAUUUGCAAUUGCUAUUGCUGCCACCAAAUGGACUAUGAAUGUAUUGGUGAAUCCGUUUUUUUGGAUGUAUUUUAGUAUGACAUUGUUAUUUUGGCCAUGGUUAGUGGCUAUAAGUCUUGCAAGUUACAGUCUUUAUUGCUUAAACAAGCAUUUAAACGAUGAAGCGAAUGGGUUUGAGCAAUUUGCUAUUGUUACUUCAGCUUUCACUUGGCUUACAUUAGUACCACCUGCACAUUUCAAUGGUUUUCUUGAAGGUUGGCCUGUUGUGUUCUUUUUCGUGUACCAUUAUUUCUUUUUCUUGAAUGUGAGUAUUCGAAAACGGAUGUACGGUGAUUAUAACCCGAGAGAGCACGACCCGAAAUGGGAUAUUAGUUUGCCCAAUUGGAAGAAGCUGUUGUUUUGUGUUGGAGUUAUGGUUGGUCAUUGGCUUGCGGCGUUUGAAGGGCCGGAGCUGCAUCUUAUACCCGGUGGAUGGAACAAUUUCGGUAUUUGGGGUUUGAUUUUGAUGACGUUGUUUAUGCAGUAUCAUUCGACGUUGUAUUUAGCCAAGUAUUCGGAGAAGGUGGUUGUGCCUACAGCUGUUGUUCAGUUUGGUCCGUAUCGGUUCGUUCGCCAUCCUAUUUAUGCUUCGACUAUGCUCUUGUUUGUUGCUUAUUGUGUUGCACUUAGGGCGCCUUUGAGUGCUCUUUUCAUUGCUGUCGUUUGCUCCGUGUAUUAUGGGAAUAAAGCUAGGUUAGAGGAAAGUUUGAUGGUGGAGAACUUUGGCGAGAGAUAUAUGGAGUAUGCAAGUAGAGUUAAGUACAAGCUUAUUCCUUUUGUUUAUUAGUGAAAGUUGUUGCGAGUUAUGUACUGCGGAAAAGAGAAUGAGAAUAUGAACACCUAAAUUGGAUUUUGUUCUGUUUUUUCAAA